CGGCAGAGGAACGCUCGGGGCGGUCCUCUUUAACUCUGGGGUGACUCCGAAGCGGGUCCAUCGAGAAGGAAGACGUGCUGGAGCCGCUCUCAGGGACGCGCCGUUUUCCUCCCGUUUCUUAGAUCCACCGGCGGGGUGGUUCUGUUCUUCCUGGUCUUGCCUGAUAAAUUUCCGAAACUCGGAGAAGCCAAGAACAAUUGGCAACUUGACACCACCAGACUUCUGAACAGCAACUAAUAUUGUUACCAUGGAAGUGUUGGUGAACAACUAUCGAGAAUUCAUGAAGGGAGCAGACCCUCGGAUUGCUUCAUAUCCACUUAUGGAUUCUCCUUGGCCUAUGAUGGGUAUCUUAUUGGGUUAUGCCUAUUUUGUAUUAUCACUGGGGCCACGGCUCAUGGCCAACAGGAAACCUGUGAACCUUAAGAAGUUCAUGAUACUUUAUAAUUCUUUUUUGAUGGCACUAUCAAUUUAUAUUGUUUAUGAGUUUUUAAUGUCAGGCUGGCUAAAUGGUUAUACAUGGAGGUGUGACCCUAUUGAUACAUCCCAGGAUCCCAGGGCUCUUCGGAUGGUCCGUGUGGCAUGGAUCUUCAUUUUCUCUAAAGUCAUUGAGCUGAUGGAUACAGUGAUCUUUAUCCUAAGAAAAAAGAAUGAACAAGUGACCUUUCUGCAUGUUUUCCACCACUCAGUGCUACCCUGGAGCUGGUGGUGGGGUGUGAAAUUUGGUCCAGGAGGAAUGGGCUCCUUCCAUGCUAUGGUGAACUGUAUGGUACAUGUUGCGAUGUACUUCUAUUAUGCGCUCUCAGCUGCAGGACCUGCUUUCCAAAAGUACUUGUGGUGGAAGAAGUACAUCACUGCCAUUCAACUACUGCAGUUUGUGUUUGUCUCCAUCCACAUCUCCCAGUACUACUUCAUUCCUGACUGCAAAUAUCAGUUCCCAAUCUUCAUCCACCUCAUCUGGAUUUAUGGAGUUUUCUUCUUCCUUCUCUUCUCCAACUUCUGGUACCAGUCAUAUACCAAAGGCAAGCGUCUGCCCAAGUUCAUGACACAACCUCAGCAAAAUGGCUUCCACGAGAAUGGUGCCAUUGCUAAUGGCAAAGUCAAAGCCAACUAAGGGUAGAAUCAACUAGCUCCAUAUCUGGGCUUCUUAACCAGAUCAAGUGCCUACAGACUGUUAUCUUGCAGUUCCAAACCACCUUCCCAACUGCCCUGUUUCCCUCGUCUUGCUUUCAUCUUUCCCCAAGGGAGACAGGCUGCCUGGGCUGGCGGUGCUGAAUCCAGCCCAAGGCCUCCAAAGUGCCUAUGUCUGCCCUGGGCUGGGCUUCCUUCAGAGCUGGACCAAAGCAGAACCCUGACAGAUGGGACACAUUUAUCCACUUAAUUCUGUGUACCCAAUGUGAUCUAGGUGGGGAUUUUUGUCACUUUGCUUUCCCUAAGUUUGUGUUGUCAUUUGUUAUUUCUCUGUGUUCUGCCAUUCCUACUCCUUUCCUACUUGAAUGUAAGUCCCUUUUUGCUGGGGGUGGGAAAUAAUUCCUCCUGGAGAUAAACUGUUCCUGCUCUGUGUGCAGAUGGGGUACUACUAGGCAAGUCUUAUUGCCUUGGCUGUAUUCCUCUCUUGGCAUUGCUCCGCAGCUUUAGCUGCUUUGAUCCCAGGACCUUAGCAAUAACUCUGGACUUCAAUCUCCAUAUGGCUUGAUGACUGCAAGCUCUUAUUGCACUGAGGCCCAGGGAGAAGAAAUAGGACCCUAUUGUUCAGCUUGUAUGCCAUUGCUCUGUGUGCCUUUUAAAAUAUUAUUGAAUCUGCCCCAAAGAACAGAGGCUCCCUAUAAUCUAAAUUUGGGGGAGGACUUCUCAAGAGGAGGUAUAUCCCUCCUGAAUUUUCCAUUUGUAUUCACAGAAAUAAAUGGAUAGAAAAAGAAUAGUCAUUCUGUUCUUGAUUUCAAGGCCUUGCUCAUUGUUGGUUGGGCCUGAUGUGCGAAAAGAACUUUAUUAUAAGUACUAUGUUAAUAUUGAUUUUCAGUUCCAAUGACUACUGCUUCUUGCAAUGAAUUGGUGUCUUAGUUGAAGUUGGUUUACUAGAUGAGAGGAGCUGAAAAACUGAAAUCAAAAUCCUGUGAAGAGUGGUGGCUCUGUCCUGGCUCAUCCACAGUACAUGGUGUCAGGCAUCAGAUUAUUUCUGCUCAAGAACACGGGAAUUGCAAAUUCAAUUUUUCCUAGUUUUAUGGGUCUAUAGAAUACCUUCAACUCAAAGUUCCAUGCAGCAUUUAAGUCCUUGGCUCUUGCUUGUCCUGUCUGCUGUUCCAGGCAGGACAGUGUUAAUUUCUCUCCUUAUAUGGACACUCCUUCAGGCCAGAUGCUUUCCUGUGUGUACUGGCUUAGGUUCUUGGUGAAACUCCAGCUACUGGGCAUUAUCCUGGGCUUGAAGAGACCUGUAGUCCUUGGUGCUAUUGCCUAUGGUCAGGUUGAGUGUAAUAAGUGAAAAAGCUACAAAUACUGUGUGUGGGGAGUACAAAAUAAUUCUGCAACAGAAUAAAUUGGAAAAGUAAUCUUAGUAGCAGAUCUUGGAUCUGUAUUGCAUCCUAAAUUCAGAGUGCCAAAAUAUGAAAGCAAGGAUAUAUUGGUGAAUAUAAAAAGCUAAGGCACUAAGAAUAUGUUUUUGUUGUUAGAAUAAACUUGUAUUGGUCUUCUCUACCUCAGUGCUGGGGUAGACUAACCCAGAAUCUAGAUUAUGUGCCAUAAACAAUGCUGUAUAUACUAUUGGAGAGAUUUGUAUAACCCAGAAUAUUUUGAUACAUUCACUGGCCAUUCUGAAAGAAGGCAAUCUUGUUUAAAAGCCUUUAAGCAAAGUUCACUGUUAGGUUGAAAUAGGUUUUGUAACACUACUUACCUUUCCACCGCUGAUUGUCCUGUUGUGUACUGUUUCUCCAUCUGUGUCUGAGAAACCCUAAACCAAUGCUAAUAGCAACCUUUAAAACUGAUACAAUGUUUGACUGAGAAGCUUUUACAAUGUAGAGGAUACUUAGGGGUACAAUUUGGAAAAAGUAAAAGAUUCUUGUUUGUUCUCCUA